UCCUCAGGGAGCGCCGUCGGUUGGUCGGCGGCCGUCACGUGGGUCGAUGUAGCCCGGAAGGGGACCGGCGCUGGGCGGCCAUUUUCCGAGCCGCGGCGGUAUCUGUGUUUACGGAAGGAGGCAAGAACAGCAUGUCUGAGCUGAGCGACGAGGCGAGUGAGACGGAGCUUCUGAGUCGCAGCCUGUCGAUGUGGCAUGGGUUCGAGCAGCUGAUGGACAGUGCUGACCUGGAUGUUCCGCUGGACAUACACACAGCAGCAUCGAUCGGGCAGUACGACGUGGUCAAACAGUGGAUCCAAGGAGGAGAGGUGAAUGCUAACCAGAAGAACCAGGGUGGUUGGACUCCCUUGAUGUAUGCAUCGUACAUCGGCCACGACACCAUCGUUCACCUAUUGCUGGAGGCAGGAGUGGAUGUCAACACAACGACUGAGAGAGGACAGAGCGCCUUGAUGUUGGCAGCAAGCUGUGGAAAUGAGAGCAUCGCUUAUUUUCUGCUUCAGCAAGGGGCCGAGAUGGAGAUGAAGGACAGCAGGGGCUGGACUGCCCUAUUCCACUGUACCAGCACCGGGCACCAACAGAUGGUCAAGUUCCUUCUGGACAAUGGGGCAGAUGCAAAUGUCAGAGAGCCCACAUACGGAUUCACCCCCCUGAUGGAGGCUGCUGCUUCGGGCCAUGAGAUCAUUGUCCAGUACCUACUGAACCAUGACGUUCAAGUCGAUGUGAAGGAUGACAAUGGAGACACGGCCCGCUCCUUGGCUCUGACGUAUGGAUACAUGAAGAUAGCAAGUCUCAUUGACCUGCAGACUGCCCCGGUGUCGAAGUCAGUCCGCAGGGACACAGGAAUAGAUGAAGAUUUUAGUUCCUCGGAUGAGUUCUGCCCAUUCCAACUCCGUCAACUGUCAGCUCGGCAUCCUCAGUCUCGGAGAACCAAAGGUCCAAGCAUUCACGAUGGGCCACAGGCAUUAGCCCACAUCACACGCCUUGAAGCCGGUCGAUGGGCACGGCAGUACGAGUCUCUCCCACCUCAGGGCUACGUCACGUUCAGGAACAGCAAAGACGAGGAUGGAGGGGAUAUCCGGAACCGCGAUGUCACUUCCCCAAUUAACGAGCAGGAUGUUGAGAGCAAUAGCAGCAGAGAGGAGAAUGCAUUCUGCACCACCGACAUGACAACCACUCGCAGGAGCAGUGGCAGCAGCAGUGAGGGUCUUGCCAAGGCACAGGGCAUCAGUCGUGAGGGAUCCGUGGAGAGUAACGAGGAUUCUGAUCAUUCCAAUAAAAGCUGUAACAGAAGGCAGCCAAGUCGUCGCAGAGGCCAGGGGAGAAGCUGUGAGAGCUCCCAAUGCCGGGAUGGUGACAUUCCCACCACUGCCAGCUCACGGACACUGAUCGCACAGGAGGAUGGGGAGAAGUACCACGGACCCAAGGACUUGCCGGAGUUUCUGGAGCAGAUCGGUUGUCUCAAAUAUCUUCACAUCCUCGAGGAGCAGGAUGUGGACCUGCGGAUAUUCCUCACCCUGACCGAGAGUGACCUGAAGGAAGUGGGAAUCACGUUAUUUGGACCCAAGAGGAAGAUGACAGCAGCCAUCGCCCGCUGGCACAGCAAUGCUCCCCCCCUCAGUAAUAGUCUGGAGCAGGUCUACGCAGACCGACUGGAAACAGAAAUGCAAGAAAUGGCCAUCCAGCUUCAUAAGAAAUGUGAGGAGGCAGAAUUGCUCACCGGCCGGGUAUCCCAGGAGCAGGAGCUGCGGGCUGUGGUGGAAGGGGUUUUGAUGGAAGAUAAGAUGGCUUGGAAACAACAGCAGAAACAGAUCGAGGAGACACAAGGAGUUUGUCAUGAGACAGCAAUCAUCCUCGAGCAACUCAGAGCCUACCAGACUGAACUACUGAACAGAUUCAUGGAGGGGAGUGGACAGUGGGAAAAGGAAGAGAUUCAGAAGGUGACACAAAGCACAGAGGAAGAAGGCCUGGCUGAUUGGAAAUCUGUUCUGGGAUCCCUGAGCAUACAGGAGCUCAGGACAACCCUGGAGAAACACACACUGGAAAUGGGGAAAGUGGUACGAAGAGUUGAACGGAAUCUGGAAAAUUUGCUGAAGGCAGACAAGAAGAGGACAGUGUGGGCUCAGAAUGCCGAUCUCUGACAGAUGCUUCACUGUUGGUUUGCCGAGGGAUUCACAGAAUCCAGUAUUAGCUGACGACGGAGGGUGAGGUGCCACCCUGAAGAAAAGCAGCCUUCCCUUGCUCGAUCCAGACCGCAGGACAACACGGAAGAGCGAGGCAGCCAGGUUCUGGCCCAGCUGGUGACGAACAGGACUGGGCGCAGCUCCUGUGAUGCAGCAUAGAGGAAGGGGAGAUGGCAGGCAGCUCUCUUCACCACAGGCCCUGGAGAUGACAUGGGUCCCGCCCUUUUGGCUGGUGCACACUUCACCGGCCACCCCUCAGGAGUUUCCGAUAGGGUGCAGGCUCAGAGCAGCCAGUUGCCGGAUCCCACACUGACGUAUAAACGUACCGAAGAAUAUCUCUGCUGGAAGCUUGAACAGUCAGGGCAGCUAAUGGUGUCGGGGGUUAACUUGAAACACUACACACAGACUGAUACCCAUCAAGACCAAGACCCAUCAAACACGUCGAAUAAUGAACUGUGACAUUCCAGGGAACGUUACCUGGGCCAGUCAACUGUGACUCGGUAUCUAACGUCACAAAGUGUGCAGAAAUCACUCAAUUCUGAAUAAACGAGUUCUGUAUGACUGAAGCAGGGUAUUCUGUGUCUAUAGCUGCAAGGCACUUGCAUUCCAGGCUUCCUUGGUUUUGUUGGAGAACUUUGAUUUCAAACAGAAUAUAUGAAAUCCACAUUCAAUAUAUAAAAUCAGUUCAAGUUCAGUUUAUUGUCAUUCAACUGUACACACGUAUACUGCCAAAUGAAACAACAGUCCUCAGCACCAAGGUGCAUAACUCACAUACACA